AUGUUAAGGGGUAAUCCGAAGGGCAAGAACACUGUGUAUACUUUCUGUUGCAAAGGUGGUGAUGUGGAGCUACCACCAGUUGUCAAACCUCCUCCUGUGUUGUACAAUUUGUUUACGAGCAAAAAUCCUAUUGCCAAUAAUUUCAUGAAACAUAUACGAGCAUAUAACAUGAUGUUUUCAUUCACAUCUAUGGGAGGUAAAGUAAAUCAAGGUUCUUUAAACGGAAGAGGACCUUAUGUCUUUAGAUUACAAGGUCAAAAUUUUCACCGAAUGGGUAGUCUGCUACCUGUACAAGGUGAUCAACCCAAGUUCUCACAACUUUAUAUAUUUGACUCUGAAAAUGAAGAGGCUAAUAGAGAAAGAGCUGUCAGUUCUGGUACUAAAAGUUCAAGACCUGGCAAAAAUGAACUGAAACGUGAUACAAUCAACAUACUAAAGAUAAUGUUAGAUGGUUGCAACCCUCUUGUGAAAUCCUUCAGGAUGGUAAAAGAUUGUGUUAAAGACAAUGAAUGGCAAGAUGUAAGUCUAAAACUUAUUGCCAACAGAAAUAAAGAUGGUCGAAUUUACAACUUGCCAACAACUUCUAAAGUAGCUGGAUUAAUAAUUGGAGACAUAGAUUCAGUACUUGAUUCACGGGACAUUAUAUUGAGAAAGCAGUCUGGUUGUCUUCAAAGGAUAAGUGAAUUACAUCCUUCUUAUCUGGCUCUUCAAUAUCCACUCAUCUUUCCAUUUGGAGAAGAUGGUUAUCCGCUAGGAAUCAAGCACAGAGGUAUUGCACAAGAUUCAAAGAAACCAAGAACAAAACUUACUAUGAGGGAAUUCUUUUGUUACACAAUACAAGACAGGCCUGUGGAGUAUUCACUUUUACUUCAUGCACAUAAACUUUUUCAGCAGUUUGUUGUUGACGGUUACACAAUGGUAGAGGCUGAUCGAUUGUCAUACGUUAAAGGUAACCAGAAAAAGCUCAGAACUAAUACUUUCCAGAAUUCGACGACAGAUGUCGAGAAUGGAACCACAGAUGCCUCAUCAACUGGUAAACAUAUAUUACUUCCUUCAUCUUUUACCGGUGGGAGCAGGUACAUGAUGCAAAAGUACUUGGAUGCAAUGGCUAUAUGCAAGUCAGUGGGCUAUCCAGAUUUGUUCAUUACUGUUACUUGUAAUCCCAAUUGGCCAGAGAUUUACCGUUGUUUGGUUGAUAAAAAUCUCACUCCCGAAGACAGGCCGGAUAUAAUUUCUAGAAUGUUCAAGAUAAAAUUGGAUGAAAUCAUAAACGAUUUUGUGAAGGAGAAAUUCUUUGGCGAAGUACAAGCAGUUAUUUACACGGUGGAAUUUCAAAAAAAGGGUCUUCCUCAUGCUCAUCUUUGUUUGUUCUUAGCUGCCGCAAACAAGUUUCCACGUGCAACCAAUGUAGAUAAAUACAUUAGUGCUGAAAUACCAAACGAAAAAGAAGACCCAGAAUUGUAUGCACUUGUCAAACAAUUCAUGAUGCAUGGACCUUGUGGAGAUGAUAAUCCCAACUGUCCAUGUAUGGUUAGAGGAAAAUGUACAAAGAAUUUCCCAAAGAAAUGGAAGGAUGAAACUGCUGUGGAUUCAGAAGGGUAUCCUGUAUAUAGACGUCGACAUACUGGGAAUACCAUUGAAAAAAAUGGGGUCCUUCUUGAUAAUGGCAUGGUUGUCCCCUAUAAUGCUACACUUCUGCGAAGAUACCAGUGCCACAUUAAUGUCGAAUGGUGCAACCAAUCAGGAUCAAUUAAGUAUUUGUUCAAAUAUAUAAACAAAGGUCCUGAUCGAGUUACAGCAAAUGUGUAUCAAACCAAUACAGAUGGAACAACAACUGAUAACAACAAACCCAAAGAUGAGGUUAAGAAUUACUUGGAUUGCAGGUACGUUUCUGCUUCCGAAGCAUGUUGGCGAAUAUUCGCCUUUGAUAUUCAUUAUAGACAUCCUCCAGUGGAAAUCUUGCCAUUUCACAAAGAAAAUGAACAAAGCAUAGUUUAUGAUGAUCAAGCACAAUUAUGUGAUGUGGUUUCGAAUCCAACAGUGAAACAUUCAAUGUUCCUGGAAUGGAUGAAAUUAAAUGCGGAGGAUAGCUUUGCCAGAACAUUGAAAUAUGUGCAAAUACCUGAGUUUUAUGUUUGGAUACGUAAGACUAGGAAAUGGCAACGAAGAACUGUGGAAGGACAUGGUUCUAUAGGGAGGAUAUCAUAUGUCCCUCCGUCCCUUGGUGAUGUAUAUUAUUUGAGAAUCUUGCUGAAUCAUGCUGUUGGCCCCAAAUCUUUUGAGCAACUACUUACAGUGAAUGGACGUAAAUGUAAAAGUUACAAAGAAGCAUGUUUCAAGAUGGGCCUUUUAGAUGAUGAUAAAGAAUAUGUUGAUGCAAUUUUGGAAGCAUCUCAUUGGGCAACUGCAUCGUAUCUUAGAACUUUCUUUGUCCAAUUACUACUUUCAACCUCUGUAGCCCGGCCCGAUGAUUUAUGGAACAAAACAUGCAAAGUUCUAAGUGAAGAUAUUUUACACAUGCAAAGGAGAAUCUUAAACUACCCAGGUUUGGAGCUUCCAGAAGAAGUUAUUCUAAAUUUGUGCCUUUCACGUAUAGAACAAUUGUUAACUAACAAUGGCAGUUCACUCAGAAACUUCCCAGAUAUGCCUUUCCCGAAUACUAAUUAUAUUUCAUCACUCAAUAACCGUUUAAUUGCCAAUGAGAUACUAUAUGAUAAAAGGGCUCUGACUAUUGAACAUCAGCAGUUAUUAUCAUGCUUAACUGUUGAACAAAAAACCCUUUAUGAUACGGUUAUUAAUGCAGUUAGUAAAAACGAAGGAGGAGUUUACUUUGUUUAUGGAUAUGGAGGCAUAACCGUUCACGUGCUCCUAGCACUUCAUGUGUCCCCGACACUUUAUGUGGCCCUGCUACUUCAUGUACCCCGGUACUUUUAUGUGCUCCCAGCACUUCUUGUGCCCCGCCACUUCAUGUACUAG